ACUGUAAGAUCGCCUAUUAAAAUCUUAAUAGUAAUGGUGAUUUGAGUAGAAGUUGAUUUCUUUUUUUUAUCAUAUUGCUCAUUAUACUUACUUUAUUGUAAGCUAUAAGCUAACAACAUUCGGAAGAGAAUGUUUCAAAAUGAAGUCCUUUCAUCAUCACACCCGAAGUUGCUUGAACUCCAAAGUUUAUGGUUAUAUUUGUAUUACGAUCGAUAUCGAACAUCUUAAAGUUCUAAUUCCUAAAUCUUGAAAACAUAUUAAUUUAUACAUAACUUUCAGUCUCAACUUUGUUCAAAAUGUCAACCGUUGGCACUAGAGAUAUACUGCUGGGUCUUAUUGAUGACAUAGAGCUAAUUGCCAAAGAGCUAUUUGAAAGUCUUAUAGCUCCAAAAGGGCAACGAUUGUCUCCAUCAGAGUUAGGACAAUUGGCUGAACUUUUAGUUAUGAAGGAUCAAGAACUAAAAGCUGCACUUGUAACUGCUGCUGAACAGUCUGAAAUUCAAAAGAAAAUUGAUGCCCUUCAAGUUGAAGUAGAAAAACAAGAUAAUGACAUCCAGCAUUUACAGAAGUAUCUCAAAGAAGCUGAGCAUCUUUUGGCUACAGCAGUAUAUCAAGCUAAACAAAAACUCCAGUGUCAUGCUAAGAGCAGUGAAAAAAGUGUAUCUUUGGAGGAACUCAUCAAAUAUGCUCACAAAAUAAGUUGCUCUUACGCUGUUGCUGCACCCCAUAAUUGGCAACCUGGUGACCCCAGACGCCCUUAUCCUACUGACAUUGAAAUGCGCCUUGGUUUUCUUGGACGACUCAGUGACUUGCCCAUCAGUGGGAGUAUGCUACAGCAACAACAAGGUGGUCUGGAUAUGGGAGUGAGAGGACCCCAUGGAGAGCAAAAUCCAGGAUCUCAAGCUGGAACAUUCACAUGGUCUGCCAGCACAGAUCUAAAAAAUUCCAUGAGCUCCUCUAGUGCUCAUGGAGUCAGCAUGGACACUAAAUCUCAUAACAAAGAGAAUGAAGACGUCGAAGUAAUGUCUACAGACUCUUCAAGUAGCUCAUCUAGUGACAGUCAGUAGAUGUCUACAGACUCACGUUCAUUUAGUGACAGUCAGUAGCUACUGACUUCACUUUCAUCUGUAUAUAUGUAUAUUUUUCUUUUAAAAUAAACUCUUUGGGUAAUAAAAA